AGAGAGGGGAAUGAGAGGGAGGCGGUUCAGUCCCGCCGUGGUGUGUCGGCCGCAGGGAGCAGCAGGCAACGGCAGAUCAGUGCAUUGUGCAGGACCAGCCACGACAUAGCUUAACCUUCUGCGGGACAGAUGACAAGGAAAACUACAAUUUGCUGUGGACUAAUUCUCGGGGGACACAGGCCAUCAAAACGGGAAGAUCACUAAGCGACACCGGAGCGUGUUGGUGAGGAUUGGGACGUUCGCUUACUGUACAACAACGCCAUUGAAUGGUCCCUGCUUACUCCGCCGCUAAGUGCGCUGGCAUAAAGAAGCAAACCAUAAUGCACAUAAAACCCAUCUGCUUUGCAACCACACCUACUUCCUGUCUGUAGAGGAAGAGGCUGUGCCAGGAUGUCCUCUCAUCCCCAGUCUGUGCCACCAGGCCGGAGGACGAUGGACACACGGCACCUGCCAAACCCAGCCACUUUACCAUUGCAGCUCCAGCGAGCACACACGGAAGUUGGAAUGAUGGACUACCACUCCCAUCAUGCCAGAGACUACAGCUCGCACUUGGCUCAGCCUCAUCGUCGUCGGCCUUCCUUGCUUUCGGAGUUCCAACCUGGAAAUGAGAGGGGACAAGAACAACAUAUCCGCUAUGAGCACAUCUACUUACCGGAGCCGAAUAGUCAUCCAGAGUUGGAGUUUGGAGAGAUCAAACGGCCUCGUUUAGAAGUGGGACCAGAUUCUCUGAUGAGACCUUCAUCCCAUCGGCCACAGUUACCUCUUGGAGGGCCUGAGGAGCUCACAAAGGAUCGAGGAACUGCAAUGGGAAAGCUAGAGCCAAUCUCCCCUGUGAGCCCUGCACAUAUGGACCCUGAUUUGGAUCUGGUGCCAGCCCGCUUUUCCAAGGAAGAGCUCAUCCAGAACAUGGACCGUGUUGACAGGGAGAUCACGAUGGUGGAACAGCAGAUCUGCAAGCUUCGCAAAAAACAGCAACAGCUGGAGGAGGAGGCAGCCAAACCUCACGAGCCAGAGCGGCCUAUUUCCCCUCCACCCAGCGAGGCCAAGCACCGCAGUUUGGUGCAAAUUAUCUACGAUGAAAACCGGAAAAAGGCAGAGGAGGCUCACAGGAUACUGGAAGGACUUGGACCCAGGGUAGAACUGCCAUUGUACAAUCAGCCUUCUGAUACCAAGCAGUACCAUGAGAACAUCAAAAUAAAUCAGGCCAUGAGGAAAAAACUCAUCUUAUACUUCAAGAGACGAAAUCACGCUCGUAAGCAAUGGGAACAGAAAUUCUGCCAACGUUAUGACCAACUGAUGGAAGCCUGGGAGAAGAAGGUGGAGCGCAUUGAAAACAACCCGCGGCGCCGAGCCAAGGAGAGCAAGGUACGGGAGUACUACGAGAAACAGUUCCCAGAAAUUCGUAAGCAGAGAGAGAUGCAGGAACGAAUACAGAGCCGUGUUGGGCAACGAGGGGGUGGAUUGAGCUCCUCUGCGGCUCGCAGCGAACAUGAAGUCUCUGAAAUCAUUGACGGAAUAUCAGAGCAUGAGAACACAGAGAAGCAAAUGCGACAGCUGGCAGUUAUCCCUCCAAUGCUUUUUGAUGCUGAGCAGCAACGCAUCAAGUUCAUCAACAUGAAUGGCUUGAUGGAUGACCCUAUGAAGGUGUACAAGGACCGGCAGGUCAUGAACAUGUGGAGCGAGCAAGAGAAGGACACUUUCAGAGAGAAAUUCAUCCAACACCCGAAAAACUUCGGUCUGAUCGCAUCAUUUCUGGAAAGAAAGACUGUCGCGGAAUGUGUUCUCUUUUAUUAUUUGACCAAAAAGAAUGAGAACUAUAAGAACAUAGUUCGAAGAAACUACAGGCGACGAGGAAGAAGCCAGCAUGGCCAGCAGCAACAGCAACAACAACAGCAACAAGUCAAUCGUAACAGCCAGGAAGACAAGGAAAAGGAGGAGAAAGACAAGGAAGGCGAAAGGGAGGAGGAUAAAACAGAGGCCGAAGAGAAGGAGGAUGGAAUGAAAGAUGAAACGUCCGGGGAAGAUGCAGAGGACAAGGAGCCUGCAGUUGCUGUUAAGGGUCGACGAACAGCCAACAGCCAGGGGCGCCGAAAGGGCCGAAUCACCCGCUCGAUGACUAGUGAGGUGGAGGAGACGACCACACCGCCUGCCAACAAUGAGCUUGCCAAUCUGGAGAUGAAUGAGAGUUCUCGCUGGACAGAAGAAGAAAUGGAAACUGCGAAAAAAGGUCUUCUUCAGUAUGGUAGAAACUGGUCUGCCAUUGCCAAGAUGGUGGGAUCAAAAACUGUGUCACAAUGUAAGAAUUUCUAUUUCAACUAUAAGAAGAGGCAAAAACUGGAUGAGAUUUUGCAGCAACAUAAAAUGAAAUCGGAGAAGGAACGAAAGGCUCGCCGCAGGGGCAAAACCCUUCAAAAUGAAGAGGCUACUGCUCAGUUCACAGCAGAGGAAGAAGAGUUGGAAGGCUCAGGGGCUAGUGGCAAUGAAGAGGAGGCACCUGAAGAUGGAGAAGGCGGUGCCAACAACAGCUCCGACACAGAGAGUUUGCCAUCCCCACAUUCAGCUGAUGAUACGAAGGCUAAAGAAGAAGGUUCUAAUAAGUCAAAAGCUGGCUCUAAUACUGUGGAGAAAGAUGGCGCUGGAACCGAAACAGAGCAGGCUGGAGAUGUAAAACCUCCAGUAAAAGAAGAUGAGGAGGUCUCCAUUAAGCAAGAGAUAAAGACUGAAACAGGAGAGACAAACAAGGAACCGACCCAGCCAUCACCAAGCAGUGACUCCACAGACAAGAAGCCUUCUACAGCAGACAGCGAAGAUGUCAAGAACUGUCCCAAGAGUUCAAAGAAGGACCAUGGAGUCAAAGUAAGCUCUCAUGGGGACAGCGACUCCAGUGCCACUUGCAGUGCCGAUGAAGUGGAAGAAACAGACAACACAGAAAAGAACAGAAUCACUUCUCCCCGUCCAAGCCUGCUGAACUACACUCAUGAUGGGGUCAUAUCUUCGCCGCUGCAGAAGCCCAUGGACCUUAAACAGCUCAAACAGCGGGCUGCAGCUAUACCACCCAUUAUACCUGAAGCGUCAGUCCAAGGCAAUCAGCGGAUCACGGGUGCCAAGGCUGUUUUGCAUCCCCAUGCUUUGGCACUCUACCAGCAGCAGAUCACCAUGGCGCACGGGGAGUCAUCUCAGGAGGUCAAACAACAACCACAGAUUGCAGUCCAGCCUAGCAAACAGCAGCCUUAUUCCGUACAAACAGAAAGAGACAGGGAGGCUCCUCACAGCAGCAGCCCGCGCAUACGCCCACGCAGCCCUUCCGCUGGUGACAAGGAUGAAAAGUCACAGGCUUUCUCUUCGCACGGUGAAGUCAAGAGGUCCGCACUGGGCCCGGAUGACCUAAGGUCCACUAACAUGGCACGGCCAGUUUUGUCCCCCUUCCCCAUGUCCCCACGAGACAUGACCAAGAUCAGUCAUGACCAACACUUGCUCCAGUUCAACUCAUUCCAGCAAGUGGGCCACCCAGCACUUUCUGGUUUGCCACAGGAUAGUGCCAGGCAAGCAGCAGUGAGACCCCUCAUUAUGCCAGAGCCCCCACCACUCAUUUCCUCAACCAAACCAGGAGGCUCUAUCACGCAGGGAACUCCUAUACAGUUGCAUAGCCCAGCUCAUGGGUUUGAACAUGGGAAAAUUCCUUCUUCACAGAUGGGUUUGUCUUGGAUUGAUCAGAGGAAAGUUGGUGGUCCAUUCCCUGUGGUGAAGCAGGAACAGUUAUCCCCUCGCAGCUCUUCCUUGCAAGCUGACAAUCCAUCUGCCCAAGGCACACCUCAUGAUGGUGCAAGAGCUGUUCAGGGAGGUAGUAUCACGAAGGGUAUCCCAGGGACCAGAAUGCAUCCUGAUUCCUCAAUCUCCUACAGAGGCGGUUCUAUCACUCAGGGGACACCGGCUGAUGUGCUUUAUAAGGGAACCAUAACCCGUCUGAUCACUGAGGACAGUGCUAGCCGUGUUGACAGAGAGAGGGACGACGCAUUGACAAAAGGUCAUGUGGUCUACGAGGGAAUAAGUGGGCACAUCCUCACUUAUGACCGUCCAGUUUCUCAAACCUCUAAGGAUGAGGGUAGAGGGUCAGGGCAACCUGGUGAAAUUCUUGGCCUAAAACGUCCUUAUGAUGUCAUGGAGGGAGGCAUCUCCCGAGGUCUUCCGAUGAGGGAACCACUGUCUGCUUCCAACUGUGAAGGCCUUAUUGGUAGAGCCAUGCCACAUGAUAGGGACAGUCCACACCAUACAUCUUAUAAAGAUGCACACCACAUACGGGGUUCCAUCUCACAAGGUAUACCACGUCAUCUGGACCCUCAGGAUAGCUACCUGAGAAGGGAGGCCAAGCAAAUGAAAAGAGAGAACUCUCCACCACGUGCGGCCAGUUCACUAUCAGAUCCAAUGAAGGGCAGGGAGGCGAUGGUGCCCACAGUAAAGGAGGCUGGGCGUUCUAUUCACCUCAUUCCCAGGGAGGAGCUCAGACACACAGCCAAGGAGGUCAUUAUAUCACCGGUAGACAUAUCGGGAACUCCCAUGAAGCAGGAGGCAGCUGGCUCAAGUAAACGACAUGACGUUCGCUCCAUCAUAGCCAGUUCACCACGUUCCUACCAUAACACACCCCCUCAUAUGGAGAGGGGACGCUAUGAAGAUGCGCCCAAAGGACGCCCUAGCGCAGUGGUCAGCACGGCUAGCCCAAUAGCACGCUCUUCUCCCCUUACGCUAGCUUCAGAGCAGGGAGGUAAAUCCCAUCAUAGCCCAGUGAGCUAUGAUGAAAAAGGCACCUUAAGAAACCCUUACCCUGGACCAUCACACCGUGGCUCACCUCUUUCCAGGGAGGCAAGUCAAAGGCAACAUGACGGUUCCAGUAAGAAAGAACCUCAGGAGCGUAAAGCCACACCAACCCCGAGGGAGAUGAGCGCCACCAAAUCCCCUCUUCCAGGGGUUCCUGACCAACAGACCUAUGAACGUCUGUUGCAGGGCCUUGGAGCUGAUGUUUACAGACAAAUUCCUUUGGCCUUCGAUCCUGCAGCGCUGCCUCGUGGUAUCCCCAUCGACCCAGCCUUCUACUUGCCUCGCCAUCUGGCUCCCAAUCCAGCGUACCCUCAUCCCUACCCCUACCUCAUCCGGGGCUUUCCUGACACAGCAGCCCUGGAGAACCGUCAGACGCUUCUCAAUGACUACAUAACUUCACAGCAAAUGCACCAGUGGCCUGCAGCAGCCGCUAUGGCUGCCCAGCGCUCAGACAUGCUAAGGGGCCUUACUCCACGAGAUCAGCCCCUUCCUCUGCCUUACUCUGCAGCCCCUCGUGGAAUCAUUGAUCUAUCUCAGGUGCCGCACUUACCUGUCCUGGUCCCUCCCUCUGCAGGGACAGCCAGCUCCCCAAUGGAUCGUAUCACCUACAUACCAGGGGGAACUACCACCUUCCCUGGCAGGCCUUACACCACUCCCCCAAUCUCACCCGUUGGCUCCUCGCACAUGAACAAGAUCCAAGGCACAUCUUCAGAACGCGAGCGCGAAAGAGAACGUGAUCGCGACAGAGACAGGGAUCGGGAGAGAGACCGAGAGCGGGAACGGGAACGGGAGAGAGAUCGCGAAAGGGAUCGUGACAGAGAUCGAGAUCGGGACAGAGAAAAGAGUGGAGCAAAUGUGGAGCAUGCCCCCAUUUGGCGACCAGGUACAGAGCACAGCUUAGCAAGUAGCGGCAGUGUGAGACCUUCAUCCCAGCCAUACCAGCAUUCCCCAGUGUCCCCUCGCACUCAAGACAAUGUGCAGCAACGACCAAGUGUUCUGCACAAUACUGGAAGCAAGAAUCUUUCUGCCGAACACCCCAGCUCAUCUGUGUUAAGAUCCAUACCCUCAGGACAGUCCCGUUACCAAGGUUAUCAUGGCCACCUUCAAAGAACUGGUUUACCCUCUGACGCCUAUGCACCUUCUCUGGACUCGAACAUAGCCAAAGAGCUGAGUCGUGAUGGAGGGAAAAAUAGGGGUCUACCCAAGCAAAUCCAAGAUCAGCAUGGGCCCUCGAGCAAAUCAGACCCCAAGCUUUCCAGCCCCAGCCAGGGCGGAAUAUACCCAGGUCCUUAUUCCUCCAUAUCAGGACGACCACCACACAUGCAGUUGGAUAACCCUCCAGGUCGUGGAGAAAGUGGUACCCCUAGUAGGGAAAAGACUCAAAACAAAGUGAUGUCCAUUCAGGAACAAGAGCUCAGAGCAUUCGCUCAACAGAAGAUGGAGUCACAUGUUCUGUACCGUCCUCCAUCUGAGGAGCGACUGUCCCCAGGCCAGAAGCCACCUUCUCCUUGCGUGAAAGGUAGCCAAAGGGUUGUCACCUUGGCUCAACACAUCAGUGAGGUGAUAACUAAAGAUUACACAAGGCAGAGUCAGCAGCAGCAUCAACAGAGUUACCAUGGCUCACCUAUCCUGGACUUGACCCGUCCUCCCAGUGCCUCACAGAACCCGCCCACUUCCCAAGAGUCCCCCCAACUGACCCGCUUUCCAGAGGGUAUUGGGGCAGAUCGUAACAGAGACCGGUCUCCUCACUCUAAGUCAUCUCCGAUCAGUUUUUCUAAUGACUGUAUUGAACCGGUAUCUCCUGCUGGAGCUAACUCUGAGCCUGAAAUGCAGGGAGGACUGUCCUACACUAAUGAACAAGGAGAGCAAAUAAUUGGCUCCCGGUCCCCUCCCACCUCCCAACCUCCGGCUUUCUUUAGCAAACUGACUGAGAACACCUCCGCUAUUGUGAAAUCAAAGAAGCAGGAGAUGAGCAAGAAAAUGACUGUCGUGGGGAAUGACAAUGAUUUUAAUGCAAGUCAGCCUGGAACAGAAAUCUUCAAUAUGCCAGCAUCUACUACAGCAGGGUCAGUCAGUGUUCGCAGCCACCCAGCUCCUGAGACGCCUGGCAGCUCCAUAGGGUUGGAGGCCAUUAUAAGAAAGGCCUUAAUGGGAAAUUAUGAUGAUCAACCUGAGGAACGCUCCUCAGCCAAUGCUGCUAACCCGCUCACAUCCAGUCUUUCUGUUGUAAUGAGUGGAACUGAUGGACGAGCAGAUGACAGUUUCUCUCAAGGUGGUGGGAAACCCUCAAAGGGCAGUGGGCGUUCUAAUGGGCGCAAGGCCAAAUCUCCAGGACCCGGCCUGUCAGGAGGUGAAAGGCCAUCCUCUGUGUCUUCGGUCCACUCUGAAGGAGACUGCAACAGAAGAACACCACUGACUAACAGAGUCUGGGAAGAUCGACCCUCGUCCACAGGUUCAACGCCAACUCCGUUCCCGUGCAACCCGUUGAUAAUGCGUUUCCCUGGCGGGACGGUUUCAGUUCCCUCCCCUUCAUCCGGCCAGCCAGUCGGCCACGUACCCGCUCAGGGGCAAGGACGUGCCUGGGAUGAAGAGGACAAGCCGCUGCUCAUGUCUCAGUAUAGCUCCCUGUCUGACAGCGAGUGACCCACGCGUAGGUGAACCAUGCCACACCAUUCCACUCUGCAUUUCCCGAUUCAGUCAACAUAAUCACCGCAGGAUUUCCUGGACGACUCCUGUUUUUCCAAUCGUGUUCUAUCUCCUACCGGCCUUAUCAAUCGGGGCACGUCAACCUUCAUCACGCUCAAGUGCUUACACUUUGAUGGAGGGGAGUCUUGGCCUAAGCAGCAAGAGGCCCCUUUUACAAUUCUUUACACUGUUCCAAAUGCACAAGUGCAUGUAAGGGAUGAGACAAAACAUCGCCCCCCCCUGGUUCUUUUUAAAAAAAAAAGAAAAAAAAAAAAAUUUAAACUCACUCAGUCCACUCUUGUGAUUGGAAGCGAUCGCAGACAACAAGUACUUUUUGAUGGUGAACGUUCUUAUGGUCAUAUUUUGUGUGCUCCUUGUUUUGCAAUGACAAAUUCUUUCGGGGUGGGGAGGGCUUUAAGCACGGGAGGGUCAUAUCAUUGGUUUACAGGGUAAACAUGCUGUUCGUUGCUGAUGUCAUCAUACUUUGGGAAGGGUCCAGAGGAACAGCCGAGGCCUGCUGACGUCAGGUGUCCCGUGAGACGUUUUACCACACGAUGGCACGCGGACAAGUGACACUUUCUUGUUGUUUUUAUAUUAACCACAUCUGUGUUUGUUGAAAUAUUUUUUGGGGAUAUUAAGCACUUAGUUGUUGGCCUGUUCACAAUGGCAUUGUGGAGAAUCCGGACAUGAGAACAGCAGGGCAUCCACCCAUUUAACUUUGCUCUCACCACCAGUGAUUUCAAAUUACACAAACGACAAUCGCGUGUGAGUGAAGGAGAAGUUGAGCUGGUUCUUCACAUUGACAAGGUGUACCUCAGUCCUUUGCAUCAUCUUCAGCUGGCCUGCCAGGUCCCAUCUUGGAGCUUUUGUGACAGUCUGACCUUGUACUGCAUAGAGGAACACCCUUAGCUUCUCUUCAGUGCAGCUUUUGUAUAUUAUAAUAUAUUCUUAGUGUUAAGUGCCAUUUAUUUUACACGCACAGUACUGAAGUUACCAAGUGACGCACAAUAGUUUAUUUUUUCUUUUUGGCCCCUCCCUUGCCAGAGUUUCUACUGUCCAGGUUGGGAAUUGUGUAAACAGUAAAGAAAAUGAAACGCCUUUGUCAGUUUUUAAGCAAUCAGUCCUGCGUUAGAUGUUUUCUCCAUGGCGACAACUGUGACAGUCAGCUUCACUGCGCCCGCAUUUGGUCGGGUGGAAGAGAGAUGAGGAGAAAGCAUUAAAAAAAAAAAAAAAAAAAAAGUGUCAUGUUGAUUCACUCUGUAAUGUCUCCAAAGUUGGAUGCCAUCACCUGCUAGUGUGUGUAGUUUAUUUGAACACAGCAAUGUCCAUGUAUUGACUGUUCUAGGACUACCUCCUCUCUCUCCUUCAUCCUGUCUGUUGAUGGACUAGCGUGUCAUGCCUGCACAAUGCUCAUCUCAGCCAUCUUCUUUGUGAGAGUGGGGUGAGUUUUUCCCCAGGUGAAAUCAAGCAGAAAUUGUGUAAUUUCGCCACAUGAUGUACAGUUCAUCAGACUCUCCACAUUUUUAUCAUUGAAUUUUCAAGAAUGUGACCAUAAACAGACUAAGCCAUAUCUAACUGUUGCUUUAACGAAUGACGGACUAAUCCAUACUAAAUUAAAUUCUAACGUGCAUUAAUUUUGCCUUUGCUCUUACAAUUUUGUCCAACCAGUUUUUUUUUUUUUUUUUUUUUUUUUUUUUUUAAA